UACCCCUCCGGUACUCUCAGUCAGGAAUGCGUCACUUCCGGCGACUACAUCGGAGCCAAUGGCGUGGCGGCAGGACGGCGGUCCGGAGGCAGGUUUAAAUGCGCCGCCAGCUUUCACGCAGGACGGGGGAAGCUUUGCUGCAUCGGAAAGUUUGCAGAAGUGAAUACUUUUAAUCGCGCAACAAGUCAGGAUGUCAAACGAAAGACCGCUUAAAGAACUGAGCGAGAAUUUGGAGGGAUCCCUGAGCAGGCCUCAGAAGAGUAAAUGGAAAAGGCGGCCCUCCUGCAGCGGCGGUCUGGACACCGAAAACACGCCGAGCGAGCUCAUCCAGCAGUGGUCUCCCCCGCACAAGAAGAUCCUCACUUCUACAAAAGGGAAAGAAAACGACGAAAAUGUAUUCGUUCUUGCCAGGCGUCCCAGGAAAAGAAGAGAAUCGUCAGCAGGCUUGUGUUGGGACAGUCUGCCUGAUGAACUGUUGCUGGGAAUCCUGUCUCGUCUUUCACUGCAAGAUCUCCUCCGGACGUCACGGGUCUGCAAGCGCUGGCAUCGUUUGGCGUUUGAUGAGUCUCUGUGGCACAGUGUGGACCUGGUGGGAAAGGCUCAGUUAGAUGAAGAGCUCGGGCAGGUUCUCUCAGCUGGAGCGUUGAGGCUGCGCUGUCCACACACCUGCAUCGGUCAGCCCAGCUUUAAAAGUGCACAGAAACUUCGUGUCCAGCAUCUGGAUUUAUCAAACUGCACAUUGGAGACGUCUGUUCUCGAAGACAUCCUGUCUCGCUGCAAACAUCUACAGAACCUCAGUCUCGAAGGAUUGGUGCUCUCCGAUGGCAUUAUUCAUUCUCUGGCUCAAAAUACUGAAAUUGUCCGGCUGAAUUUGUCCGGCUGCUCUGGCUUCUCUUCUGAAUCUCUGGCAGAGAUGCUAAAAUCUUGCACUCGAAUUGAAGAAAUGAAUGCGUCAUGGUGUGACUUCAGUAAUCUCCAUGUCCAAGCUAUUGCUAACAACGUUCCCUCCAGCAUCACUCAACUGAACAUCAGUGGUUACAGACAAAACCUCGCCAUGGAAGAUGUGAAAGCUAUAGUAAAUAGAUGUCCAAACCUCACAAAUCUAGAUUUGAGCGAUAGCGUGCUUGUGACGACGGACAGUUUCCCGGUCCUGCAGCAGCUUUCCUCUUUGAGACAUCUGGCACUGAGCCGCUGUUAUCAAAUCCAUCCGGCUUCGCUCAUUGACUUUGAGAAGUUUCUGAACCUGCAGACCCUGGAGGUCUUCGGGCUCAUACAGGACAGCUACCUGCCCAUUCUUUGUAAAGGUCUACCGCACAUACAGAUCAACACUCAGCCUUUCUCCACGGUGGCACGUCCAACCUCGGCAUCGAGAAAGGAUCGCACGCUUUGGGGAAUGCACUGCCGCCUCGUGUACAAGCAUUGAUGUUUUUAAUUCAGGAUGAUUACAGGGUAAACCAAAUUGUAAAAUAGCUUUUAUAAUGGUCUGUAUCUCUCUCUCUCUCUCUCAAUUGUGCCCAAUUUGAAUUGUGAUUUUUUUUUUUUUUUUAAGUGUUAAACAUCACUGGUAAAUCCUCGUUUUAUAUUGUACGUUCAGUUUUGUGAAGAUGACAAUUGUGUUGGAGGUCCUGACAAUCUUGAAAUGAGUGGUGUUCUUGUUACGUUGCUGCAAAGAUCACAAAAAAAGAGAAGAGUGGACAGGCUGGUUAGUGGUAUGUUUUAACUUUGAAUGUGUUUCAUACCAAUAGCUAAUAACUUUUGAAAAUGGUGAGUUAUCUAAAUGUUUGUUGCUUAAGGUGAAAUCUAGAAUAAUGGUAGGUACUGUUUAACAGAUGAUGUUUUCCUGCCAUGAUCAAGUACAUUUCCAGUUUUACUAUAGGAUUAUCAAAGUUUAGUAAUGAAACGAUGUGUUAUGGUUCUUUUGUACUGUUCCCAAAUGUUUUGCCAUACAGAAACAUUAAACCAGGUGCUUUUAGUGCAGAGAAAUGAAUGUGAAUCUCCUCCAUUUUUCUGAGCAGUUUUAAUAUUGUAAAACUUGAAUUUUGUACAACUUCGGUUGUCACUAGACAUGUAAGUUUAAUGAAUUGUUUACAUUGUCUAAAGUGUAAAUAAAUGUAUUGCAUUUUAUUUAAAGCCA